AUGACAAAGAAGAAAGCACAGACAGAGAAAAGACGCAAGGCCGACCGAGAACGCAAACGUAAGCAAAGGGGUACAGAUCCCACUUUACCUCGUCAACAGUGGAAAAGUCUCGAGGACUUGACUCCAGCGGAGAGGGUCGUUCACCGUCUCAAACAACAGUACGACAGCGCGAAGAGGGUGAAAGCACGGAAAGGGAAGAAGCGCGAGACCAACGAUGGUCGAUUGGAAUCAGUCGACCGGGGGCUUACGAUCGUGAUGGCAGACAAUCGUGAUGCUCCUCAAGGGGACAGCAACAACAACAACAACAACAAAGAGAACGAAGAGCCCAAGCCGGAAGCGAAGAUCGCCAACGACGAUGAUUCUGACAAUGAAUCAAUCCCAUUCGCGGGAACUAAGAGCGGCAAAAAAGCUGCUGCGUCACGUCCACGACGAACUACUACCAGUUCUCCAAGAAUUCCAUUCGGUUCACCAUCUAACGUCCCUGCCGGUAACACUGAUCUCAGUACAUUGGGAUCGCCUACGCAAGGUGUGCCCCGAGCAGCAUCUGCACCUUGGUCUUCCCCGCCCAUCACUUGUAGAACGCAUGCCUCUGACGGGACGCCUGAUGAAGAUGGUUUGGACCAAGAAUGGGGGGACGACUACUGUUCCUACUCUCCAUCCGACCCAUCAAAUGAAGGACUACAAAACUUACAAGAAAAGCAAGGUAUGAAUUUCGAGAAAUUUCCUUUCACAAAAGGUACAAAGGGCACAACCACUUUGAAGCGUGGUGGUGCUGCCUUUACUCCUGACGGUGCCACUCCACAAAAGCGUCGGCGAUCUGAGAAACCGUCGUCUGCUGCCAAACAACCUUCCACCAAAGCUACCAAGAGCACUACUACUUUGAAGCGUGCUGCUGCUGGUUCUCCUGACAGUUGCACUCCACAAAAGCGCUGCCGACUUCAGAUGCAGUCGUCUGCCAUCCAGGAACAAAGGACUGGCGAUUCUCCCGCCGCCCUGUUCUCUCCAAUUCUGUUUGAGACGACUCCAUUCGUUUUUAUUCCUGGCAACCGUACAUUCGAACUCAACCAGAAUGUUGCUGCGCCCCCCAGCCAUGCUCCCGACUACAUUGCGUUUGACUCAACCAAUGGUACUAGUUGGAUUUAUGAGGCUUAUGCCAGCGCAAGAGAAGCGGCAAUCGAAGUAAAUGCAAGACUAGGGCCUUUGCGCAAUCCGUUUGAGUGGAUCUGUCCAAAUUGUCACAAUACUUUCCUCAUCCCUCAAAAGGCGUGCCCAGCUUGUGAAAGAAUCAAGCAAGGAAAGCGUGAUUGA